AUGAGAGUGUUUUACCUUGCAAUGUUUCUUGAUGGUCAGGAUGUUUGGUGUGGCCCUGGAAUUGGAUUCGCAUCAGAUCAUGCUUCUGCUUAUGUGGAUUGUGUGGUGGCAAGUAAGAAUGCUUCUUCAAGAAGGAACCUUGAUGUUGUUGAGAGAGCAACACAUAGGGAAGAGGUGCUAUGGCAAUUGCAGUUUGGUCUCCCUUUGAUUUAUAGAGUUAAAAGCAAGAUUUCUGGUUUUGAAGGGUUUAUACGAGACAAGUACACGGCUCUUCCUGAAACACGUGAAAGGAUGCUGGCAACAGAAGUAACUGGUCUGUGGAGGUACUCUUAUGAAUCACUAAGCAGCAUCCCACAGAAGCCAUUUUACUUUAUGGAGAGGUACGACAAUGUUAAAAGAGUUCUGCUUGAAACCUUUUUCGGUCCACCGAAUGUGGGAGUGUAUAGCCCAUCUAUUCAAAGCACUCUCUACCAAAUGGCAAGGGCCACAUUGAACAGAUUUUCUAACAUAGAUUCUGUUCAACUAAAGAUGCCAAAUAUUCAUUUCCUACCAGUCAAUAUCUCAAAUACAGGCGGUCAAAUUGUAAAGAUAUCAAAACAUAAAAUGGAAGAAAUUUCAUUUCCGUUUUCUGUAAAUAGAAUUAUAGAAGAUGAAGAAUAA